AUGCAUUAUGAAAUAAGUAGAACUCUUAGCACUGCUACUAUUGCUAUUAAAGAUAUGGUCAAAAAUGCAGUUAAUAUAGUUAACGAGUUUAUUGAAAGUCAUCUUAAGACUACAGCUGUUGCUAUAUUUAUGGCUGGUAUAGCGAUUACUGCUAACAUUAAUAAGGCUAUUCCUUCAACUACUGCUAUUUGUAAUUGUAUUACCAAUUAUACUUAUAGAUAA